ACAGACGGACGUAAAAAAAUAAAAAAAAAAUUCUCGGGAAGCGUGAAGUAUUAUUUUGAGAAAGAAGAUUUGAAUUUGGUCUUUGUUUGCCAUUUAAUGGUUGUGGUGAAUAUAUAUUUUUUUCAUUGUAUUUGGAAAUGGCUAACUAAAAUGAAUGUAAAUAUUUAUACUCGGUCGGUGGAGCCCGUCGGUGCGCGUGAUAAAUAAGUGAAUAAAAAAAGAAAAAUUUAAAGGCCACACAAAAAGAAAGUGAAAUUUAAGAUGCCUCAAUUAACAGAAGCAAUGAUUUUGUAUCUCGAGUGAUUCAUUUAACAGCGGCAAAAGAAAAAAUGCAAUUAGGAAGUAGUGCAUAUGCAUUUUCAAACAAAGUUUGAAGGUCAUCAUUAUCUUUAUCUCUCGUUUCUCUCACUCUCCGCUGUCAUGCUAUUGUGAUUUGUUUUUGUUGAUAUGUGUAUUGAUUGAUGUUGAUUUCAAAUUUUUUGGCAAAGGGGGUGAGGGUAUACCGGUGGCCGUUGGCUGUGUGUGAGUGUGUUUACUAAAACAAAACAGAAAAUCACUGAAAGUUUUAAUUGCAAUUUCAGUGCAAAGAAUCGACCGACAGAUAGUAGGUGAGGGUGAUAUGUGAUUUCGACGGUGAUCAUGAGUGCUUGAUGAAACAAAAAAAUUCAUAAGAAAUACAUUUUCUGUUUAAUUGGCAUUUAGCUGUGCCACCAAUAAACAAAAAAAAAAAAAAGAAACAAGAUGGGAAUUCAGCAGGAAGAGAGGCACACCUUGCUGCCACUUAGCUCUUCCAAUUCCAAUUCGACAAAUGAUGGCUCAUCAUCCGGAGACGAAGCCAACCACAGAAGUGAAGGUGAAAAUACGCAGGAAUUCCGUCAAAAAAUAAAAUAUUUCCGCAAAGCUUUAGCUGGUACUACAUUACGCUCCACCUCAAACUCUGGCUCUACAGCGGGCAGAAAUUCUUCGCCGGGCGCAGUGCUUGCAAACAAUCGACGAAGGUUACAUGGCCGCGGUGGCUUGGGCAAACGCUUCGUGCGUUUCCUUUUUUGUGCUUUCAUGAUACCCAUGUCAUUGUUCCUUAUUCUAUACACUUCAUUGUUUUCGGGACCAUCGUCUAGACAAUAUCCGCUGCCCGAUUGGGACUUUGAUGUAUCGCGCAACAUUAGUGACUAUGUGCUUCCAUGGAAUGAGACUACACUCAUAGAACCACGCCAAAAGUGCAGAGAGAAAUUUUUCGUUCUAAUAAUUGUAUGUUCCGGCCUUAACAAUUUCGAGGCAAGACAAACAAUACGGGAGACAUGGGGGAAUACUACAGAAUUCAACUACCAAAUGUUUGAAAAAAUGCAUGCGCACUUGAGUGACAAAUAUCUGCAGCCGAAAAAGCAACGACUGAAAUUCUAUGAGGAAUAUCUGAAAAUGAAAGGCAAUCAAACCUCCAUAAUUCCUCCCACCACAAUACCAGUACGUGUGGUAUUUUUACUGGGCCAAUCAAAAGAAGACCUCAAUUCGGCUCAUGCCGCAGAUGCAGCAGCAGGGGGAUCGACGUCUACGUCGACAUGGGGAACUGGGGCAGUAUAUGGCAAUGAAACGCUGACACGAUUACGGCAAGAAGCCGAUCUCUACGAUGACAUAAUACAAGAACAAUUUUUGGAUUCCUACAAUAACCUAACCAUAAAGUCAGUGAUGGCCCUCAAAUGGAUACAAAGCCGUCGUUGCUAUGAGCAGGCGGCAUUUUUCAUGAAGGUCGACGAUGACACCUUUGUCAAUGUGCCCAAUCUAUUGCACUUCCUGCUGGGUGGCACAGUGCCAUUGUACAACGAUACCCUGGACUACUAUGACAGCAAGUCAUAUCAGACCCUAUCGGCUGCAAAUCGUUUGAAUGCCACCGUGAAUUACAUGGUGGGCUAUAAGUUUUGCAAAGCAUCCGUCCUCUCAAAUGUGAAAAGCAAAUGGUAUAUGCCCUAUUACAUGUAUCAAAAGGACAAGUAUCCGCCCUAUCUGUCGGGUUCCGGUUAUCUCAUGUCCAUGGAUGUGGUGCCCAGAUUGUACGAGGCUGCGCUCAAUACAUCGCUCAUAUAUUUGGAAGAUGUCUAUGUGACGGGCAUGUGUGCUGAAAAGGCACAUCUGCAGCGUCGCCAUCAUCCCCUCUUCAAUUACAGCAAAUCCAAACAUAGAUGUACCCUGAGGGGAAUGAUCUCCAUGCACAAAUUGAGAGUGGAGGAUAUGUAUGCCUCGUAUAAUUUUGUCAAAAACGUUACAUAUCAAUGCCCGCCGCCAGGAAAAUAUUUCAAGCGUAUACGCUUGCGCAGAGUAAAUGGCUGCGGUUAGUCAUAAAGUGGGUGAUGAUGAUAAUGCCAACAAUGGCAUACAUCAUAAUGUCCUGGCUGUCUGUCCAUACCUUGCACAACACAAUAACAAUUCACGCACUCACUCAAUAUGUUGUAAGUUUUUUGUUUUUUUUUUUUUUUUUGUAAAAUUUAAUAAAUAAUUCAUUAAAAUUAA